AUGCCUGAUUAUGAGCCUAUAGAACCUCAUAAAAAUAAAAGGACUUUCGAAUUCAUUAAGCAAAAUGAAAUGCUUGACUAUUCCAACCAAUUACAGAUAUCGAUAGCAAAAGUCGAAAGAAUUACACGAAAUAAUAAAUAUGAAAUCACUUACCAAAAAAAUUUAAUCGCUAAUUUAAAAGUUUCUACCAAUUUAACCUUUUCAUUAUUAUCUACUGAUUUGGAAGGUGGUCCAAAAUAUGAAGAAGCUUCUUCUAUGACAUUUGAUGUCAAUCUACAAAGUCGUGCGAAAGUAAUAAUGGCUAACAAAAUUCGUUCAAAGAAUUUUAAAAAGCAAUAG